UCAUGCGUUUUCUCUUAACAAUCUUAUCCGCUAUAGCCAAAAAAUCCAAUAUAUAGCAAUAGAGUCUAUAUCAAAAAUGGCUGGAGGAAUUAGCGACAUCAAGAAGCUCGACUAUGAAAUUUACAAAUAUUCCAGUUAUUCAUCAUCCUAUUUACCCGAAAACAUUCGCGAGGAUAACCCCACCAAUCAAACGUCUCGUUGGUCAUCAAAUACCAACAGUCCACCCCAGUUUCUAAUGUUAAAGCUGGAACGGCCAGCUAUCGUGACAAAGAUUAAGUUCGGCAAAUACGAGAAAACGCACGUUUGCAAUUUGCGCAAGUUCAAAAUUCUCGGCGGAUUAGAAGAGGAACGGUUGGUGUUGCUGUUCGAAGGGGGUCUUAAAAAUGAUUCAGUACCGGAAACGUUCAAUCUGAAACACCGCACCAGCUCCGGAGAACUGCUACCGAUUAAGUUUAUUCAGAUUGUACCGUUACUGUCCUGGGGACCUAGCUUCAACUUUUGCAUAUGGUACGUCGAGCUUCUUGGCAUCGAAGAUUCAAUUUUUAUACUCUCCAAUCUGCGCAAGUACAACAUGUUGCGCGAGGUUGAAAUCGUACGACUGUUCAUGAAACACUGCCGCCAGCAAGGAUACGUUAAAGCUUUUAGCGCAUUGCAGGAAGAAACUGGAGUCCUUUUGGAGGAUGAAAAAAUGACAGAACUGCACGAAAUUCUGGUCAAUAAAGGAGAUUUUAAGAAGACUGAGGAAAUGUUGCUCGAUUUUAUCAACAAUGGCCUAAUGGACGACUACCUCUCGAAGCAGGAAUACAAACCUCAUUGGAGCCUGCAGUUAACACCGGAGCAUGAGCCACGACCAGGAAGGCGAGGAGGGCAUCAACUGAUUAUUGACCCAUUGACAAGCACAAUUUAUUUGUUUGGUGGUUGGGACGGCAGUGAAGACCUAAGUGAUUUAUGGUCGUACGACGUAAAAAACAACCGGUGGUGUUUGAUACAUGAGAAAUCGGAACUAUUAGAAGGACCAACACCUCGCGCCUGCCACAAAAUGGUGUACGAUACGAAAAACUCACAAAUUUUUAUGAUAGGACGUUAUCUUGACAGCGCUUCCCGUACCGAGGAAAACAUUAACAGUGAUUUUUAUUUGUACAACACCAUAAGUCGAACGUGGUUUUUAAUAUGUAACGAUACCGCUCAAGUGGGGGGUCCACAACUUGUGUACGAUCAUCAGAUGUGUAUCGACGUAGACAAACAAACGAUUUAUGUUUUCGGUGGGCGCAUUCUAGAGCCGAAAUUUUCUUUCUCCUUCAGAAAUGAGGAAGAAACAACGGGAGACUACAAGUAUUCUGGUCUAUUUUCAUACCACAUCAGUACUAAUACCUGGAACCACAUACUGGUAGAUUGUGGCCAUCCAUCAGCUGCCAGUCCACAUGUACAGAGCAUUAAAUCCCGGGUGACUCACUCAAUGCUGUUCCAUCACAAACAUCGCAAGCUCUACAUUUUUGGUGGUCAACGAGGCAAGGACUAUAUGACGGAUUUCUUGAUUUACGAUGUGGAUAGCAGUGAACUAUCAAACUUGACACCAGAAAAUGUUGGGACAGACUCGAAAAACGUUCCUCAAUCGGGUUUCACACAGCGUGCUACCAUCGACUGCGAAAAGGAUGAAAUUUAUGUGUUGACUAGUCUCAGCAAGGACAAGGAGCGUCGCGACCUCAACAUCAACUCUUUCUGGUUGUUCUCGCUAGCCAAGAAAGAGUGGUGUUGUGUGUAUAAAAGUGACCAUUCAAUCGGAGAGAAUUGCUAUUUGAAAAAUCAGAAUGCUUGCCCUGAACCGUGUCCACGAUAUGCCCAUCAAAUUGUGUACGAUGCAGCGAACCAAGUUCAUUUUUUGUUUGGAGGCAAUCCUGGAAUGAACUCACAUUUCCGGCUCGAUGAUUUCUGGAUGCUACGCUUGGAGAAACCAACGAGGGACAACAUUUUGCGCUACUGUAAAUACCUGUUAAGAAAGCAAGAAUACGAGGAAAUAGCGAAAACAAAUCCACUCUCGGCUAUUUCCUAUUUGCAAACGAAAUUGUACGAUAUUAUCGAUCACAACGAUCCAGUACAGCUAAAAGAGUUCCACAAGCUGGCUUCUCUCCUUUUUAAAUCGGACAGCGUCGAUUGCGAAACUGAACCAACUAGUCUUUUGUCGUGUCCUCUGGGAGGAAGUCUCAAACCGAAUAGCCAGAAACAUCCAAAUGAGCACGAGCCACAUGAGGAGAGUGCCAAAAUGAUGCGUGUAGAAUCACCAAAAAGUGCCGACGAGGCGGACGCUUCCAGUAUCAGUUCGCUCAGCAGUGAGUGCUCCAGUUCGCAGACGGCUCGAGCAAUACCGUCAACUUCAUCCAGCUUGUCGUCGCGCACUAGAAAAGCCAAUGAUCAUGUAUUUGAGUUGAAAAUUCGACGUUGUCUGUUGUACAACAAGCUUGUAGACCUGCUUCCGGAGAACCUUUGUCAGCCAAAGAAAAAUAUCAGUGAUUUUGUGCUUCUAUAAUCGACAGCGCAUUUUGUUUUCAUCGCUUCUCAUACAUGGAAUUUUGUUUUUUACCUCUUUCUCUGUCGCAUCCAGACUCUACAUAUAUUUACUUACUAUUGAACGAAAGAAUUUAAAAUGAGGAAACGGAAAUGUGAUAUUACUAGGUCCCUGUAUUGGAAUUGUCUAAAGCGAUUUUUUCGAUUCUACAUUUUCUAUUCACAAUAGCCAUUAUAUAAUAAGAGCUCAUAAAAUGAACACAAAUGAUCUUUUCAGCGAAAACAAUGGAGGAUCAAUUUACGAUAUAAGUUUUUUUUUUUCAGUUAUUUACCAUUGAAAAAGACAAUCACAAUUGCAACACAUGUUAGAGACGGACGUUCUAUUCACCCUCUGUUCUAAUAUAACUAAUUUUUCAACUCGUACAACGACGCAUCACAAGAUUUUUUUUAUUAUAAACUUAUUGAUUCAAUUGUUCGGAAAUUGCUGUUUGUAAUAUAAAUCGCCUUUAAAAUCUG